AUGUCCCAAAACAACCACAACCAAGAUUCACACACUAUUAAAGAAUCCCUAUCCACAAAAACAUGGUUCGGCUUCGACCUCGAUGACACACUACAUUCAUUCCGCAAGGCAUCAGCCCAAGCAUCCUCAGCCGUAUUCACAACCCUCCAUGAAGAAAACCCGAAUAUCAACAUCGACGAUCUCAAAACAUCCUACCGGGACAUCCUCGUCUCAACAACAGCAGGUGCAUUCGCCGAUGGAAGGACAUCAACCGAGUAUCGUAGAGAACGGUUCUCGCUUCUUCUCCGGGCCCACGGAUUAGAGGUCACGACGGAGAGACUGGAUCGUCUUUUGGAUGUUUAUAAACGUAGUCUACGGGAAGCGCUGACGCUGAAACCGGGGGCUCUUGACUUACUUCAAUGUAUUAAGAGGCGAGGGAAGAAGGUUAUUGUGGUGACGGAGGGGCCGCAGGAUGCGCAGUUGUGGACUGUGGAGGAACUUGGGUUGAGGCCUUAUGUUGAUGUGCUUGUUACGACGAAUCAGAUUGGGAAGUCGAAGGUUGAGGGGCUGUUUUCUGCUGUGUUGGAUAAGUAUGGGAUUGUUGCGUCGGAUAUGGUUUAUGUGGGGGAUAAUGAGAAACGGGAUGUUGUACCGGCGCGGGAGGCUGGGAUUUUGGCUGUGUUGUUUGAUGAGAUGGGGGGUUGUUCGUUUGAUGACUUUGCUGCGCUGAGGAUUGACUCUUUAGGGAAGUUGGGGGAUCUGUUAGAGUAG